AAAAACCCGGUUCAGUUCCUCUGAGACUCAUUUCCUAAUCCCUGCUCUUCCCUCAACCUCGCUUCCAUUUCCUCUCUCUCUGUUCUUUCCAGACUCAUUUUGGGGACGUCCGCACUUCUCAUUCUCUCGAGUUCUUCAGGUCAGGUAGAAUUGAUUUUUUUAAGAGAUCAUGGUGAAAGUCAAAAGGGAACAAAUAGAGGAGGCUGUUAUGCAUUCCGACAGGAAAUUUGGGGUUGAGUCGUGGCCAUUAUCUGAAGGCAAUUGUUACUCGCCUGUUUCAGAGCCAAGCCCUCUUAGUUGGAGAACCAGUGGUCCAACCAGGCGAUCAUCAAGAUGCUGGACAGAGAAAGAGGAUAAACUUCUGGUAGAGCUGGUCAGAAAGUUUAAUGGGAGUAAUUGGAAGCAAAUAGCUGCAGGUAUCCCUGGCCGUUCAGAUGUUCAGUGCCUGCAUCGCUGGCAAAAAGUUUUGAAUCCUGAAAUCAUCAAGGGAUACUGGACAAAGGAGGAAGAUGAUUGUAUAAUCAAACUGGUUGAAAAGUAUGGUGCUAGAAGAUGGUCUGUCAUUGCAAAGUUUUUACCAGGUCGAAUAGGCAAGCAAUGCAGAGAAAGGUGGUACAAUCAUUUAAGCCUGGCUAUAAACAAAGAUGCAUGGACAGAAGAAGUGGAAAGAAUUCUUUCUUUCUACCACCAACAGUAUGGUAACAAGUGGGCAGAAAUAGCAAGGUUUCUACCUGGAAGGACUGACAAUGCAAUUAAAAAUUACUGGAAUGGCGCAUUCAAGAGGAAAGAAGAUUCAAACUCUCCUAAUGGUAAUGAGUGGGACAUGCAUCCUGAUAUCUGUAUUGAUGAACUAAGAUCAGAUUUUGUAGGGGUUAAAACAGUCAGACAGAAGUAUGUGAAAUCACAGAAAUGCAGGUACUUAGCCGCCGGCGAAAUUGGUUGGUGGCCUCCUUGGCCUGACAUCGACUCGGCCACCAAGAUGAUUUUCCUCGAGCUCCUGCUUCCAGAUCUCACUCUACACUAUUUCUCAUGAUGAUUGCGCCUUCGAAGCCUCCGACUACAUUUUCCAGUUGCCUCAGAACUCCCCUAGUUUUGAUUUCGUCUCCCCUACGCCUGAAAUCCGACUCCAGACCAGAACUCGACGCCGCCAGCUCACCGGACUACAACCCAGACAGUUGAAAAACCUGUUUCUGCUCCGGGCAAUAAUAUAGUUACUGGGUUUAUUAGGGGGCAAUAAAUUCAGACGCCGGAUUCGGCAUUCCGGUGACCUGUCGCUGAAGUCCGGUCACCGGUCGUCGGAGUCCGCGACCGGCCACUGGUCACGGGAGUCCGGUAAGGUCUCCGAUGACUUCUCUCUCUAAGUGACAAAGAAGGAGAGGGCAAAAUUGUCCCAAAAAUAAAUAAAAAGGAAUAAAAAAUUAAUUAAUUGGGUAUUAGGGAAAUAAUCUCUUAGAGUAUUUGGAUAAGUGAGCAAUCUC